AUGCCACGAAUGCCUAAGAAUAAAAAUGAACCAAAAAUAUUAAACUUUGUUUGGGUUAAUAAUAAAGUUGAAUUAACUAUUUACCAAUGCAUAAGAAUUAUUGUACUUUAUGGUUUAGGAUUUUCAAUGUGUGCAAUUGCUCGAGAUAUGGAAAUUGCACAUUUGACUGUAAUAAGGUUAAUUAAAAAAGCCAAUGAAACAGGAAAGAUUGAAGAUUUGAAAAGAUCAGGCCGUCCAAAAGCUCUGACACAAGAGGAGGAAGAAAGAAUAGUUGAAUUAAUUAAUUCUGGAGAAUGUGAAAUAGCAACUGAAGUUCAUUCGAAAUUUAGUUAUGAAACCAAUUAUGAGAUAUCAGUUGAAACAAGAAAGCAUCCUGUAAUAAAUGAAACUGCAAAAAAAGUACGAUAUGAGUUUGCUAAGAAAUAUGAAAGCUGGACAGUUGAUGAUUGGAAAAAGGUUAUUUUUUCAGAUAAAAGUAGAUUC